AUGACUGGGGCUGACAUCAGUCCAAAAGCCUAUCCCCUCACAGAUGCCCACCUCACCAAGAAACUACUGGACCUUGUUUCACAGUUGUGUAACUACAAGCAGCUUUGUAAAGGAGCCAACGAGGUCACCAAAACCCUUAACAGAGACAUCUCUGAGUUCAUCGUGAUGGCUGCAGACACUGAGCCCCUGGAGAUCAUCCUACACCUUCUGCUACUGUGUGAAGACAAAAAUGUACCCUAUGUGUUUGUGCACUCCAAUCAAGCCUUGAGGCGGGCCUGUGGGGUCUCCAGGCCUGUCAUCGCCUGCUCUGUCACCAUAAAAGCAGCAGCAGAUCUAGUCUUUCAGCAGUCCAUUGAGAGACUCUUAGUUAAACCUGUGGCUUCUGCCAUGUUCUCCCAGCUGACUGCUCUCCCUGGAGUAGUGUCUGUGUUGGCAUGUAGUGUUUUCAGCUUUUUAUUGUUAUAA